AUGUCGGAACUGGGGCUCGAUCAAAAAAAUGAAAUUGCACUUAGAAAUAGCAUCCUUGAGACAAAUGCAAAAAAUCGAUUAAAGGAUCUACUGUUUAAAAGACUCUGCGAUAGCGGUUGGAAAAGCAGGGUCAAAAAACGAUGUAUAGAAAUUAUCAGAACUGAGGAUGAAAAUAAUACUAAACUUGACCAACUAGAAGAUGAAGUACUGGCAUAUGGUCGAGAGAUUAUCCCGGAGGAUGUCAAAAUAGAACUUUUGCAACAAAUUUCUGACUUAUUAGACGAAACAAAAUAG